AUGGCUUCGAAUGAGAAUGAGCAGAGGCAGACUUUGCCGGUGGAGAAUGUGAAUAAGACGGAGAGGAAGUUUUCUCACAAGAGCGCCAGCGAGUACUAUGAUCCGUGUCAGGACUUUGCGGACCGGAGUCUCAAGUGUAUGAGACGGAAUGGCUUUGAUAAGGAAAUGUGUGGGGAUUAUUUUCAAGCUUAUCGGGACUGUAAGAAGACCUGGAUGACGCAGAAAAGGUUUGGCUCUAGCCAGAAGUAA